AUGGAUGAUCAUCAUUAUUCUCAUACAGUCAAAGGUGCUUUUGCAAGAUUCGCUGGCAGUAAUGAAGCCAAAGAUAUAGGCAAAGCUGCUUUUGCAAGAUUCGGUGACAAUGAUAAAGUCAAAGGUAUAAUCACCUUUGUUGAGGAGUUUGACGUUGGCGCUACUCAUCGAGUGCUAAUUACAGUUGCAGUGUUCUCCGAUGUUAAUUCUCCUAAAGCUAAAUUUAGUGGCGGUUGCCGUAUUAGUAUCAAUGGACUUAGAGUUAAAGAUAUCGAUAUCUCUAGAUUAGAAGGAUGGUUAUCAGAAAUUAAACGUAAGGGAAAAGAAUUAUUUAGAGCAUUAUGCAUUGAAGAACAAAUCAAACAGAAUCAAUUAAUAAAAGAGGCAAUUGAAACUUGA